AUGUCUGGAUUUGACAAGAGCGAUGUAGCCCGCGUUGGUCGGAAAAACCAGGUUUAUUCUUCUAUUACGGGUGCGAGAAUAGUUGCAGGAUGUGUGUGUCUUGAUGAGUCCAAGAAACAAGUUUUGAUGAUUCAAUCAUCUGCUCACAAGAAAAAGUGGGUUCUUCCGAAAGGCGGAGUUGAAUCUGACGAGCCAGACUUCCAAACGACGGCUAUGCGUGAAACGUGGGAAGAAUCUGGUGCUCUGGGCCGUGUGGCUCAAGAAUUGGGCAUAAUUGAAGAUAUGAGACCACCCAAGGACUGGAACACCAAUAUAAAGGCAUUUGUCGAAUCCCAGAGCGACGCAGAAGUAAACAAACAUCCUCCGCGUUCUGAGUUCCACUUUUACGAACUGGCUGUUGAGUCUUUGGCAGCAGAGUAUCCAGAAGUUCAGAAGCGUAACAGAAGGUGGUUCACGUACCAAGAUGCCGUAGAACAGUUGAGAAUUGCGAAACGGCCAGAACUCAUUGAAGCUCUCGAUCGCUCCAGUAUAAACAAAAAUUGA